AUGGCGAGCACAGUGGAUGGGGCGACGGUUUUAGCGAGGGCCUUGAAAGCCCAGGGUGUUGAGUACAUGUUUGGAAUUGUUGGAAUUCCUGUCAUUGAGGUUGCUGCUGCAGCACAAAGAGAAGGCAUCAAAUACAUAGGGAUGAGGAAUGAACAAGCGGCGUCAUAUGGUGCUUCUAUUAUUGGCUAUAUGACUGGAAAGCCUGCAGUGUGUUUGGUAGUAUCUGGUCCUGGUUUGGUGCAUGCUUUGGCUGGACUUUCAAAUGCCAAGGAAAACUGCUGGCCUGUCAUUGUGAUUGGUGGAUCUAGUGAACAAGACCAGGAAGCCAUGGGAGCAUUCCAAGAACUACCUCAGGUGGAAGCAGCCAGACCUUAUUGUAAAUUUUCUGCCAGACCCAACAGUAUAGAAAGAAUUCCCUUCUUUGUGGAAAAGGCAUAUCGUCAGAGUAUUUAUGGCAGACCUGGGGCAUGUUAUCUCGACAUUGCUGGAAAUAUGGUGAAUGCUACAGUGAAUGAAAAGGAUGUGUGGUCCUCCAUCGUUUGCUCUCCUCCUCCGAAGAGUUUGGCUGACCCAGAAAGUGUAAAGCUUGCCACCGACCUACUCUACUAUGCUGAAAAACCUUUAGUGGUAGUGGGUAAAGGUGCAGCCUAUGCUCAUGCUGAGGAGGCUGUAAAGGAGCUAGUGAUAGGUGCACGACUGCCAUUCCUUCCUACACCAAUGGGUAAAGGUGUCAUACCAGAUGACCAUGAACUCUGUGUUGCACCUGCGAGGUCAAGGGCUUUGCAAGAUGCAGAUGUUAUACUUUUACUGGGUGCCCGUCUAAAUUGGAUGUUACAUUUUGGGAUGCCACCAAGAUUUCAUCCGAAAGUGAAAAUUAUCCAAGUUGACGUUUGUCAUGAGGAAAUGAGCAACAACAUUAAGGCUGCUGCUACGUUGGUGGGCAGUCUGGAUGCAGUAGUCACUCAGAUAAAUGAAGAAAUUGGGAGACGACCCGGUAAAUUUGCCUUCAGCAAAGCUGCACCCUGGUGGAAAACCUUGCAUGGCAAAAUCCAACAAAACCAACAGAGUGUACAGAAAAUGAUGUCUGACAAAUCAGUUCCACUUAAUUUCUAUGCAGCAUAUGAGGAUAUCCAGAAACUUCUACCAAAGGAUUGUAUCAUCGUCAGUGAGGGUUCUUCAACAAUGGACAUCAGUAGGACCAUGAUCCCAAACUUCCUUCCAAGACACAGAUUGGACGCAGGGACCUACGGUACAAUGGGGGUGGGUCUAGGAUUUGCAGUAGCUGCUGCAAUCUGGUGUAGAGACCAUGCUCCAGAAAAACGUGUUGUCUGUAUCCAAGGGGACAGUGCAUUUGGCUUCUCUGGAAUGGAAAUUGAAACUCUCUGUCGCUACAAACUUCCUGUGAUUAUCAUUAUCAUGAACAAUAAUGGAAUCGGUUUUGGUAUGGACGACGACUCAUGGCAGUCUAUUUCCGAGUCCACAGAUCUCACUCUCACGUCUCCGCCCACAUCACUUAUGGCAACAGCCCAUUAUGAAAGGAUGAUUGCCGCAUUUGGAGGAACUGGAUACUUUGCACGUACUCCGGAGGAGAUCACCAAGUGUGUUAGUGCUGCAAUGAGUAAACAAGAAGUUUCUAUUGUAAAUGUCAUGAUUAACCCCAUGUCCUUGAAGAAACCCCAGGAUUUCUUCUGGCUGACAAAGUCCAAAAUAUAAAGAAGAGAUAGGUUUUCCAGCAGUAGGUGGAUCCCAAUAUGGUGUUAUGUUCCUGUACACUGGAAUAUUUAGAACACAAAAUAACAUAUUCUGUGAUAUAUUUCAUUGUGAAAAACUUUGAUUUACUGUUCCUCAGAAAGGAAUUGGUGCAUUUGUUCCAAUGGCUUUUUUAUCAAGUAGAUGUGACAUUCAGAAAAAUUCACUUUAAUGUACAAUUUUGUUAAAGAUGCUAUGAAAUAUGAAAUUGAUAUGAAUGAAUGUAUCUGAUUUUG